UGUGUGCACGGAGUAGAGUUGUCAACUUAUUCUGGGAUACCUUUUGAGUGAAGUGGUCUAAAAACGUUUUGUCUACAGACGUGAAGCAGGAAGGACAGAGGAUAUGUUUGGACUAACAGAGGAUCAAACCAGACCGAAUCUCUUCUCCUGCUUGUUAUUGUUGUGGUGAUUGGUGAUUGGUGAUUGCGUUUCUAGCUGCCAGCGAAUCACAGGGCUGCCCACACAGACACAACUGACUGCUCUGGGAGAGAAAGCAUUCUCUGAGGAUUGGCAACCCUAGCUGGGAGUGACAGAAGAACAACGUGUAAAAGAGGAGGGGGUAGGAAAAUAGAGAGAGAGAUUGACAAAUCAUGGAGGUUAAGAGACGUCCGAUAAUUGCUGACAAAGAGAAAGGCUUGUUGAAGACAUCUAUUAUGCAACAUGUUUAAAUUAAAACUUUAAUUUAGUUGACAGGGACAGUACUCAACACUGUCAUAUUUCUGUUUUAACAUCAAUGGAAAAGUGAAAUGUAGAAGCUCUAGAAACGAGUAGGAGUCAUGUUUUACAUGACUGGAAAAUAAACAUGAUCAUUAUCUUCACCAUCAUUACUUGUUGCUAGGGCCAGGCCUCGGUCGCUAUGCUCUUCCUCCAACCAUUGGCUACAUCAACAAUGACCUCACCAAGCCCAGUAGCCCCGCCUGCACCUUCCACAGACGUAUGAGCAGCAACAUGGUCUCCGUGGAUUGCAGUCCAGGGCCCCAGUACCACAUCGAUACCAAGAUGACCCGGUUCGGCCGCGUCGGUACCCCUUCUUACUCCAUGCUAGGCAGGGCAAGACAUGAAGCUGACCUCUUCCAGACUCCAGGUCCAGGUGCCUACAGCCCAGAGAAAGCUCAUCUCAGACCUCCCUCCUACACUAUUGGCUCUCGGUCACACUACCGUAUAAUGGAUUCUGUGCCCGCCCCUGACCGGUACAAAUGAAAGAGAGAGAGGGAGAGGGCGUAAAGAGUGACCCUAUAUCAUUCAUAUCAUUUUAAUCAUCCUCCCAGGUACACCCACCCUAACCUGCUGGGUUCCCAGGUGCCCCACAAGCCGUCUGUAAGGGGUGCGUAACUGAGUAGUGAGUUUAAUUAUCAAAACCAACGGCAUCCAGAAAUACAAAAUAUGGGUACAAAACUCUUCGCGCACCAGUCAAAAUGAGCACUUACAACAAACAAUUUCACACACAGACAUGGGGGGAACAGAGGGUUAAAUACACGACAAGUAAUGAAGGAAAUGUAAACCAGGUGUGUG